AUUAUCCUCUUCAACUGUUCAAUCUGCCGCCCGCUGCCACUGCUCAUUCCGCCGCCGCUCUGUGGUUACUCUUCCUGUUCGCAUCCGCUGCUACUGCUCUUUCUGCACUUACCGCUGCCAGCGCUGCGUGUGUCCGCCGCCGCUGCCAGUGCUGUGUCUGUCCUUUCCGACUGCUUCGUCCUUCCACUUUCAUACCUUUCUGUCUUCUCUAGGCUUUCUGUGAAACAAACAUGGACAAGAAGAAGCUCAAGAACAGUAAGAAGGCUACAAAUGACUUGUUUAAGAAAGAUGUACCCAAAGAUGAAGAAAGGAAUGAAAAGGUCAAGCAAAUUGGCAAGAAGAAGAGGAAGAGGGAGGGAGGAAUCAAUCUUGAUAUUAGCAAGACUGUUAAGAUCAGUAAAGUGGAAAAGAUGAUUGAAGCAGAUGGAGAAAAUAAAAAAAAUAAAUUAAAGAAGAAGGAAAGAAAUAAGGAUGGAAAAAGGGAUCUGAUUGGAAAAUCAAUUACUGUUGGGACAGAGGACAAAGAUAACUUGGAUGAGCAACGUGCAAAACAGACCAUCAAAGCAGAAAGAGAAACUAAGAAGAACAAACCAAGGAAUAAGAAACGAAAAACUGAGGAGAAAAACAUUGACAGGAUUGGCAAACGUGAUCCACUCAGGACCGAUGAUAAAAAAAGAUUUAAUGAACAGCAUGAAGAACAGAUGACCAAGGCAGAAGGAGGAAAUUCAAAGAACAAGCCAAAGAAGAAACGAAAAAAUGCAGCAAAAAAUAUUGCGUUGAUCAGCAAAUCUGAUCCACUCAAAACUGAGGAUGAAGACGAUUUUGAUGAAAAACAUGAUGAUGGAGCAGCAGAUCACAGCCAAAAUAAAGCCCAAGGAGAUGCUGAGAGUUUCAUAGGGAGAAGUGAAGCUCUGACGAAAACUGAGACCAUAAAUCGUAAAUCUAAAAGAUCUAAGAAGAAGAAGAAGGAGCAUGACGCAUCAAAGGAGACCGGGAACAUACCGGAAAACAAAGAGGAGGCUGUUAUGGAUGAUGUUUAUCACAUAUCGUCUGGAGAAGAGGACUGCUCAAAAGGAAUGAAAAAAUGGCUUGCAGAGUACCAUCAAAGUAGACCAGGUUUGAAGGUGUUGCAACAAAGGAUAGAUGAGUUUAUAAUUUCUCAUGAGGAAAAACUUGAUCAGGAGAAAAAAGAAAGAGAAUCCCGGAUUGCUGAAGAAGGGUGGACAGUGGUUGCACAUCAUAAAGGAAGAAAGAAAACAACGGAUUCAGAAAGUGGAACUACUGUGGUUUCUGUUGCCCCAGUUGUUGCUGAGAACCAGCUGGCAAAGAAAAAGCAGAAUGAAGUCGGGCUAAACUUCUAUAGGUUUCAAAAACGAGAAACUCAGAGAAAUGAAAUUCUAGCUCUCCAAAGCAAAUUUGAGCAGGACAAAAAGCGAAUUCAGCAAUUAAGAGCUGCUAGAAAGUUUAAACCAUACUGAUUGCUGUCAAAGCCAUCCAACUGAGCUGAAGCUCCGAGUGUAUCAUCAUAAUGUUUGAUAUAAAAGUAAUAUGAGGCGGAAUUCUUCCAGUUUGUUUCUUUUACAGAAUCUUUUCACAGCUCAAGUUUAUUGAGAAACUCAGAGAACAACAGUUGUGGUACGAAUUGCAAAUUUUGAGAAUAUCAAUUGAAAUGAUAAUUGAUUUUGCA